UUCAGUCUGAGGGGAUCCUCACUGAGUUCAGCUGGAGCGCAACGGAGCAGAGUUGGAAAACAAGCCAGACUGAGUUUAAAAUAUUGCCGACAAGAUUGUUUUUUCCCAGUUAUUGCAGAAUUGGGAGGUGAAGAGGGAAAACAUCUCCCGGCGAUUAGUUUGGACUUGAUGUGAAAGUCAAAAAAGUCCCAGUGGAAUAUGAUUUGAACCAAGGGACACUCGCCUCUGCUGCUCGCUAACAGGAUGAAUCGCAGUUUGCUUCGUGCCGUCAUGCUGCUGUGGGCCCUGUGCCCCAGCACACAGGGCCAGUGUGAUAAAUCAUCAGAAACCAACAAACUCAACCUCUCCGUCAGCUAUGAGCUCCCAACCUUCACUGCAGACUUCCCCAUCGAGAACAUGGUGAUGCUCGAUGGGAUCAUCUACGUUGGGGCUGUGAACAGAAUCUAUGCCCUGGCCCCAAACCUCACCAUACUCUCGGAGUACCACACGGGGCCACUGCUUGCCAAUGAGACUUGCGGCCACAAACUGACCAGCACAGAGAGCAACGGCAGGGUGGACAACCACAACAUCGCCUUGGUGGUGGAGAACAUUUACGACAAAGGGUUGUAUAGCUGUGGCUCGGCAGACAACGGGGUUUGCCGUCGUCAUGUCCUGGAUGAUGACACUAGCCCUAAAACGGUAGACGAACAGGUCUACUGCUUUGCUGACAAGGUGAGGAAAGGCCAGGGUCAACCCAGCGACUCGGACGUUGUGGUCAGCCCUUCAGGUUCUCAGGUGCUCAAUGUGGAGAGCAACGUCAUCAAGUUUUUUGCUGGGAACUCUGAGAUCCCUGGCUUAGAAAAAGUACCUGGCAGUGGGACACAUCCCCACACCAUUUCUCUGCGGAAGAUGAAGACAAGUCAAAAUGGUUUCACCUUCUUCUCUAACGACUCAUACAUGGACCUGAUUCCAUCUCUUCGUGGAAACUACUACUUGCGCUACAUUUACUCGUUCCACAGUGGACCGUUUACCUAUUUCCUCACUGUGCAGCGGGUGAGCAGCGACUCUCAGGACUACCACACCCGCAUUGUUCGCAUGUGCUCCUCAGAUCUCUCAAUCCGCCGCUAUGUGGAGAUGCCCCUCGAAUGCAUCAGCACUGAUAAGAGGCGGCGACGCUCCACGGAAGAUUUGAAGAUAUUCAACAUCCUGCAGGCAGCUCACGUCACAACGGUGGGCAAUGACGUUGAACUACAGAAGCAGGUGAAGGUGGAAGAGGGUGAUGACGUUCUUUUUGCUGCCUUCGCACAAGGAAAACCAAACUCUCCAGAGCCGACUCCAAACUCAGCCGUUUGCGUCAUCGCCCUGAAACACAUCAACUACAUGUUCAAGAGGUACAUGCAGAAGUGCAACACCGUAGACCCCUAUCACUUCACUGGAUCUGAUAAGAAGUCCUGCUACAAUGUGAGUUCCUCCGACGACUGCGACCCACACGAGGGAAUUCACGAAGGGAAGGAGGGCAAGUACCGCCUGCAGGUGACCCAGUUCGUCCAAAGGUUGGAGUACUGGCACAAGGAGCUCACCAACACCUUGGUUACCUCUAUAAAUGUGGUGCCAGUGCAUGGCCGUGCAGUGGCGUACCUGGGCACCGCCGAUGGACGCCACAUACAGGUGCUGUUCUCACGAUUUGCCUCCCCCCAUGUCAACAUCCGCCUGGACUCCAGACCUGUCUCCUCCAGUGUGGCACUGCUGGACGCCAACCCCUCAGAUGGAGCCAUGCUAAUAGCCACAGGAAACAAGAUCACCAAGGUCCCUCUGAUUGGCCCCGGCUGUGAUCAGUUGACCACCUGUACUUCCUGCUUGCUGUCGUCCAGGGUGACUGAAUGUGGCUGGUGUAACGGACGCUGCAGCAGAGCCGACCAGUGUCCCCCCUCCAUCUGGACACAACAAUACUGUACACCGGUCAUCACUAAGUUUUUUCCAACAUCUGGGCCGAUACGAGGAUCUACAGUGGUCACUAUUUGCGGGCACAACUUUGGCUUCGACAAGACGGAGAGCUUCAAGUCCUCGCUGGUGACGGUGGAGGUGGCGGGAGCUCCCUGCAGACUGCCCAGACAAGACAACAUCAACAGGUGGACUGAGAUGCAGUGUCACCCGGUGUUAAGUGGGAACUUCACCCUGUCAGGACACACAGUGAAGGUCAGCACUGGCAACAAGGUAGCCAAGAUGGAAGGCUUCACCUUUGUGGAUCCGGUGAUCCACGAAAUCUUCCCAACGUUUGGGCCAAAGUCUGGAAACACCAUGCUGACAAUCAGAGGAGCUUUCCUCGACACUGGAACCAAACAAGAGGUGACUGUUGGGAAAACAGCCUGUAAAAUCCAGAGCCUGUCGUCUACCAUGCUGACCUGCAAAACGCCCCCUCAUGCUGUCCCAUCCGAGCAACCCGUGAAGCUGACAGUGGACUCAGUGGAGGUCCACGCCCCUGUGAUGUUCACCUACAACCAAGACCCCAUCAUCAACAGCAUCCAGCCGUCUCGCUCCUUCAUCAGUGGAGGCUGCACGUUGUCGGCUCAUGGCUUCUUCCUCCAGUCCGGCCUCCAGCCUCAGAUGGUCCUCACCACUGCCCAGGAUGCUGAGGUCUUCCAUGUGAGCUGUGUGUAUGGUGAGAACAGGACAUCCAUCCAGUGCACCACGCCCUCUCUAGCGAAGCUCGCCCUGCAGCCGCCGGUGUUUACCAAGGUAUCGUUCGUCCUGGAUGGCUUCUCGACAGACCAGUGGGACCUGAUCUACGUGGAAGACCCCCUUUUCCAGGACCCCAAGCUCACCUCCAAAGACAACAAGAGCAUAGUGGAGCUCAAGGGUGACCGGAUGGACAGGGAGGCGAUGAAGUGUCAGGUCCUGACUGUUUCCAAUCACAGCUGUGAGACUCUGACUCUGGUGGGAAACACUCUGGAGUGCACCGUUCCCAACGAGCUGCAGACCGCCACUGCAAAAGAGCUGCAGGUGGAGUGGCGUCAGGCGGAUUCUAUCAGGCACCUGGGCAAGGUGACGCUGGCACAGGAGCAGGACUACGUGGGCCUGAUCGUGGGCUGUGUCUGUGUCAGCCUGCUGCUGCUGCUGCUGGGAACGCUGCUGAUGUGGAGAAGAAACAAACACAUUGACGAUCUGUCUGAGGUGUGGUAUGAUGGCCGGGGGCACAUCCAGCAUCUGGACAGGCUGGCUAACGCAAGGAGCGUCAGCCCCACUAAUGAAAUGGUCUCCCACGAGUCAGUCGACUAUAGAACAACCCUGCUGGAGGAUCAGGGCACAGACAGGCCAGAGACGUGCCGAGGGGCCCCUCCCAUCUAUGGAGGCAAUGGGGAGCUGCUGUCUCCCAGGCUGGGGAUACUGGGUGGACGAAUGGGGAUGGGUAUUGGGAUGGAUGGCGAGCUGGUGUCGCCCCUGCUGAUGGCCCCGGUCCACAUAGAUCCAUCCUGUCUCCACCCAGACCUCCUGAAGGAAGUGCAGCACGUGGUGAUCGCCAGAGACCAGCUGCUGCUUCACCUCAACCAAGUCAUCGGCAGAGGUCACUUCGGUUGUGUUUUCCAUGGAACUCUGCUCGAGCCAGACGGGCAGAAGCAGCACUGUGCCAUCAAGUCCCUGAAUCGUAUCACAGAUCUUGAAGAGGUGUCCCAGUUCCUGAAGGAGGGGAUAAUCAUGAAGGACUUCAGCCACCCCAACGUUCUCUCCCUGCUGGGUAUCUGCCUGCCACCUGAGGGUUCACCGCUGGUGGUCCUGCCCUACAUGAAGCACGGCGACCUGCGCAACUUCAUCCGCGAAGAGGCACACAACCCGACAGUGAAAGACCUGAUGGGCUUCGGGCUGCAGGUGGCCCGAGGGAUGGAGUAUCUGGCCAGCAAGAAGUUUGUCCACAGAGACCUCGCCGCCAGGAACUGCAUGUUGGAUGAAAGCUACACAGUGAAGGUGGCAGACUUCGGCUUGGCCAGAGACGUCUAUGAUAAAGAAUAUUACAGUGUCCACAACAAGAGCGGAGUCAAGCUUCCUGUCAAAUGGAUGGCACUGGAGAGUCUGCAGACGCACAAGUUCACCACCAAGUCAGACGUGUGGUCGUUUGGCGUGUUGCUAUGGGAACUGAUGACCCGUGGAGCACCCCCAUACUCUGAUGUGAACUCCUUCGACAUCACCGUGUUCCUCCUGCAGGGGCGGAGGCUGCUGCAGCCCGAGUUCUGUCCUGACGCACUCUACACAGUGAUGAUCGAAUGCUGGCAUCCGAAGCCGGAGCGCCGCCCCUCUGUCUCCGACCUGGUGUCGCGCAUCUCCGCCAUCUUCUCCAGCUUUAGCGGCGAGCACUACGUGUUGCUCAACACCACCUACGUCAACAUCGACAAGAUGAGCCCAUACCCCUCCCUCCUUGCCUCCACCGCCAACACUUCCACCCGGUCCUUCUCGUCCUCAUCCGACCCAACCAUCUCCAGUUCCCUGCCCUCCCAAUCCCCCUUCCUUUGCCACGUGGAGCGGGACUGCUGCACCUGAACGAGGGAACCAGAGGGAAGGAGGGCAGUUGGAGAAAGACUCAGAAAGAGAGCAGGGAAGAAAGCGAGGUGAGGAGAUGAAGAACUACUGUAUGUACUUGCAAAACACUGGACACUGUAUGCUGAGGGGAAACAGUUUUCCGAGCUUUGACUGGUUGCUCAAUGUACAUAGAUCCUCAACCUUUGACCUUCUGAAGCAUUGCCAAACGUCAGGAGCCUCCGUGGACUGACUUUAACGAUAAACCUGUCUGACCUUUAGUCGACCCCAGGGAGCGGGAGGUCAGCCUUCCUGCGUCUUCUACAAGACAAUUACAAGGCACAGGAACACCUCCGUUGAAACUCUACAGCGGACAAAGCCACUGUCACAGGAGCACAAGGCCAUUCGUCAAACACCCCAAAAAGCCCCACUGACUGCUGUGCCCACCCUCACUGCCAGAGGGAUAGAUUUCGUGAUUCUGCCGUUGUGCGGGUGGCGUGUGCUUCGAUAUGCGGAUGUGGCUUGGACCUUUUUCGCUGUCUGUAAUGUGAAUGUUCGACAAAUGGCCAUGCAUAGUGUCGUAUAAAGGAUUUAACACCUCCACACACUAUAAACUAGACUGUAUGCCAGUUUCAUACACCUCAGAGACAAUGGCGCCUGCUGUGAUAGAUUUAGCUGCCUCGGGUGAGUAAACUGAGGCAGGCUGCAGAUCAAUAACAGCAGGUAACACGGGAAUGGACGUGUAGGUGUGAGGUGGGAUGUGUACAAAGAAAAAAAGAAACUGCUGCCUGUGUGCAGGUCACUGGAUGCUUUGUUUGUAAUAAUUAUCUUUGGAUAAUUAAAAAAAAGAAAAAUCACUGUCUCGCCAUGACUCGCAUGUUUGGAAUCCCCGGAUGUUUCUGAAGCAGCUUUUAUUUGCUUUUUGUUUUUAAAGCUGAAGCGUCCAUCAUGUCCAAACACUACAACUCUGACAGCAGCAUAACACUUCAGAGCUUUGAGGUCUUCUUUUAAAGAAAGAAAGCAAAUGAGAAUCAUGUUCUCUUUUUUUUGGUCUUAGUUGCUCUCACUGUUUCACUUAGACAAAAGGCUCGGAGCCAGAAGUCGGUUAGUCUCAUGUUUGGUUCGUUUAACCAUAGACCUAAAAAGCUUCUCUGUCUUCAACACUUUUUCGAUUACGUAACGUUUGGUCAACAUUUCACUAAAGAGCUUGUUGUCUCGAGUCAAACUUCUACCUCAGAGGUUCCCUGUGGUCCCAUGGUUCAAACCCCAUGAGCAAGCUAUGUGUCACUCUAUCUUUAUGACGACUGUGCGUUAUGUCCUGAUGAAGAAAUAUUUUAUUGUUAAAGACCAAACCAGAGUGUUUGCAAAUUUUUGCUUCAUAACUACAAAUAAUGAGUAUUUUCAAAAUCCAUAAUUCAAGUCAUCGAAUUUUAAAUGUUCGGAUAUUAGUACAAUAUAGAAAUUGUUUAACAGAUUCUUGAAACUUGUGUAAUCCAUCACAUUUGUCUGUUUGUGUUGUCUGCAUUGUGUUUAAAUGCAGUUCUAAGGGUUGGGCUGAUUCAUGAUGAUCAAUUAUUGACAAUUGUAGAUUCCAGCUGAUAUUCACUUUGCAUUCUGCUCCUCAGAAGGUCCAAGAUUCCAACUUGGGAUAUUGUUGUUCUGACUUUGAUAUGUUAAUGUGCUUUGAAGUGGUAAACGAUGUGUGUUGUAGCAUUUUAACAACACAUUAGCUAUGUCACGAUUCAGAGGCCAUCUCCUUCAAAGGAGGAAGUCUACGUGGCCCAUGAAGAAGACGGUCUUUGUGGGCCGAGUAGGCUGUGAAGGGCAAACUGAAAUGAGACGGUUUACAGAGUAUCUCCGUGAACAGCAUCACCAGCUUGCCCCAUCCUUAUUGCUGUUGCCUAGCAAUUAAUCCGUGGAUAGGUUGGCCAGAGAGGGAUCCACCCGUUGGAGCCCUCAUUGCUCUGGGGUUAAAGGAUGCAUUUGUCAGCCGCAUUAAGAGUAGCCUUCUAAAUGGGACAGUCUAGUUGCACUGCUGUGACGCAGUCGGUCUUCUAUCGGCCUCCAAAGGAUGCAGCCCUUGAAUUGAGACACAGCUAUUUAUGCCUAAAAUUAAAUCAGAGCUGAGUGUAAAAUUAUGUUAAUUAAUGUAUAAGUGAUGACGUCAGCAACUCAUUAUUCCACUAACAAUUUACUAAAAAGAAAUGUUAUAAAUUUACACACAAACUACGUAAUAUACCAAAGUCCGCCUUCUCCAGCUCAUUCUUUGUUCGUGUGAUAUAUUCUGAUGGGUUACACAGUUCAAGACAUUUUCAAGAAUCUGUUAAGGAUUUUCAAAUUCUAAAGAAACAAAUGUGAAAUCAAGGCUUCCUAGGACCAGACAAAAAAAGGGAAAAAAUAAAGUUAACAUAAUUUGUUGUAAAUGGGCUAAAAAACACAAACCUCUAGUGUGGUCAAUGCCCCCUUUUCUUUCCAUUGUGUAAUAAAUGUUUUUUUAAUCUGAGGGGCUGCUGAUGUGAGUGGGCCAUCGACGGACAGGUAUGAAUGUUUGCUAUGACAAAAAAAUUGCUGUACUAUAUAUUUUUGUAUUGGUGAUGAACCUCUUCUUUAAAUCUGCUCCACGAAAGUGAACAGUGCCGUGAACAAUGAACACAGCCACUCAUACAAUCCUUUUGUCUCCGAGACCAAUCUCUGCCAUUUUGUAAAUAAAGAGGAGGGAUCUGUGUGGGUCUGUGUGCGGCGUGCUGAGCCGCGCAAACACGUGGCUGUGUGCUCCUGUAGCCUCUGAUCAUCACUGCCAGAUCAUAGUGGGAGCAGCGAGGAGCUGAACAAACGUGAGCAACGCAACACUCAGAAGACUGCUGUCACUUUGAUCAUGUGAUUCUACACGACUCACGGCCUGUGCUUAACACUGUCUCUUCUAUGUGUGUGUGUGUAUGAUUUGUCGUCUAUUAAAACAAUUCUGAAGGUACAUGUUCCUAUGUAAUGUCAAAUGGGCUGUCAGUGUAAUAAAGCUAUACUAUCAGAGUUAA